GAAGCGGAAGUAGUUUCUUCUUCCUUUCCUCCAUUCGAUCGUGACCAUGGGCCGCCGACCUGCCCGCUGUUACCGCUACUGCAAGAACAAGCCUUACCCCAAGUCUCGCUUCUGCAGGGGUGUUCCUGACCCAAAGAUCAGAAUCUUUGACUUGGGCAGGAAGAAGGCCAAGGUAGAUGAGUUCCCCCUGUGCGCCCACAUGGUCUCUGAUGAGUACGAGCAGCUGUCCUCAGAAGCUCUGGAAGCGGCUCGUAUCUGUGCUAACAAGUACAUGGUGAAGACCUGCGGUAAAGAUGGCUUCCACAUCCGCAUGCGUCUGCAUCCCUUCCACGUCAUCCGCAUCAACAAAAUGUUGUCCUGCGCCGGAGCCGACAGGCUCCAGACUGGAAUGCGUGGUGCUUUUGGGAAACCCCAGGGCACCGUGGCCCGCGUGCGCAUCGGUCAGGUGAUCAUGUCCGUGCGUACCAAGGCCCAGAACAAGGAGCACGUGGUGGAGGCUCUGCGCAGAGCCAAGUUCAAGUUCCCCGGUCGCCAGAAGAUCCACAUUUCCAAGAAGUACGGCUUCUCCAAGUUCAACGCCUGCGACUUUGACGACAUGAUAGCCGAGAAGCGUCUGAUUCCUGACGGCUGCGGGGUGAAGUACAUCCCCAGCAGAGGUCCUCUGUCCCGCUGGAAGGUCCUGCACGCCAACUGAACCGCCGCAGACCUUCUGUGAGCCGUCGCCAAUAAACGUGGAUUUGAAUACAAACGGAUUCCUGGCUACGUUUUAUUAAAAACAGUUCAGAUUCGUUUAAGGUUUUUAAUUAAGACGGAAUCAAACAAAACAAAUUCAGUUUCUUACACGAAGCAUCAAAUUGGAUGUUUGUUUUUUUUGUUUUUUCAAAAUCUCCGGUGGGAACCGUCCGGAUUCAGGUCACACAUAAGAUACAAAUCAAAUCCUGCACAAGUCUCUAAGUAUUUAGAUUUUAUGGGUUCAUGAAGCACCGAGGCUUUUCGUGCAGGUGUGCUGAAAAAGCUUCAGUGAUGAGACGUGGACAACUGGAGCUAUAGGAACCUCGAGUUGAAGCACUGACCUGGUUUCAAUCAGCAAAUAAAGUUUAGAGAAGACGGUUAAA